CUGGCCACCAUGGUGCCGCCGGGCGUUUACAAGAGAGACCACAAGUGCCAGUUCCAGAAAGCGUCCGGCCCCGGUGGCUCAUUCCCAGCGGUGCGGCUCUGCAACAGCUACUGGAGCAGAGAGAGCACCGGGCUGCAGCAGGCAGAGGCUGUGGACGUGGACAACCUCCUGCUGGGGAUGAGCUCGCAGAUUGCAGAGCGGGAGGACAACAUUGUGGUGGAAGAUCUCCAAGAUUACUGGUAUGGGCCACUGAAGUACUCCCGCACCGACUACGUGGCCAGCUGGCUUCAGCGCGGGCGAGACCUUGGCCUGCCCACCUAUAACCAAGUCCGGGAGCGAUUUGGGUUGGAGCCUUGCCGGAACUGGUCGGACCUUGCACCACACCUGGAGCAACAGGUCCUGGAGAAGGUUGCUGCUCUGUACGCCAACAACACGGCUGGGCUGGAGAUGUUGCCCGGAGGCAUGCUGGAGGCUGACAGUUCCCUCUUCAGUGCCAUCAUCCUGGACCAGUUUGUGCGCCUGCGUGAUGGCGACAGAUUUUGGUUCGAAAACACCAAGAACGGGCUGUUCACAGCGGAGGAAGCCAGGGAGAUCCGUGAGACCACCUUCCACGACGUCCUGGCUGCCGUCACCCACGCAGACCCCACAGACCUCCAGCCCCAUGUGUUCGCCUGGAGCGAGGGGGAUCCGUGCCCCCAGCCCCAGCAGCUGACAGCUCAAGACCUGGCCAACUGCACGCCCAUGAUGAUGCUGGACUACUUUGAAGGCAGCGGUGCAGGCUUUGGGAUCAUCAUCAUUGUCUUCUGCUGUCUGCCUUUAGUGACUCUGUUCAUUGCCUGGAUCGUUGCCGUUCUCCGGAAGAGAGAUUUCAAGAAGCUGCAGAGGAAGCAGGGCUCCAGUGUGCGCAGGGAGGUGUCCGGUGACGCGAUACACGCCAUGGAGUGGCACGGUCCCAAGACAGAGUGCUCUCCCAUCUACAUUCAGCUCCAAGCUGACAAAGUGCUCAAAGUGCUAGAUGGGAGAGGGUCUAUGCUCCGGAGCAUCAGCUUGAAAGCCCAGCAAAGGGUGGAGGUGAUCCUCUCCAGCAACAAAGGGAACAAAGCUCUGCUCCUGAAGAGUCCCAAGGAGUACGACCUGGUGCUGCUUUUCAGCGAGCAGGCGGAGAGGAGCAACUUCAUUGGGAAGCUACGAGGCUACUUGGAGGACAGUGGCCUUGAUCUGCAAAUGUCUGAGAUGAAGGAGCAGAACCUGUUGAAACGUGCAGUCACCCAGGAGCAGAGAAAACAAAUUCUGGAGACUUUCUUCAGACACCUGUUUGCCCAGGUGCUGGAAAUCGACAAGUCCGAUGCUGGAGAGCUCAACUUUGAAUCUUCACAGAAGGCAAAGGAGUCUCUGACAUGUGAGCUGAGCAGGGCUGAGUUUGCCGAGGCCCUGGGACUCAAAGCCCACUCUAUGUUUGUGGACUCCAUGUUCUCCCUGGCCGACAAAGAUGGCAACGGCUACAUCUCCUUCCGGGAGUUCCUGGACAUCUUGGUGGUCUUCAUGAAAGGGUCCCCAGAGGAGAAGUCCAAGGUGAUGUUCAGGAUGUAUGACAUUGACGAGAAUGGGUUCCUCUCCAAGGAAGAGUUUCUGAGGAUGCUUAGGUCCUUCAUUGAGAUCUCCAACAACUGCCUGUCAAGAGACCAGGCAGAGCAGGUGACUGAGUCCAUGUUUCGGGCCUCAGGGUUUCAGGACAGGGAUGAGCUGACAUGGGAGGAUUUCCACUACAUGCUGCGGGACCACGACAGUGAGCUUCGUCUCACCCAGCUCUGCAUCAAAGGUGUCCCCGAGGUGCUCAAGCAAAACCUGCACAACCGUGUCUCCUUCAUAAAAAAGGAAGAGCCGAAAGGAACCAUCUCAGAGGAGGAGAGAGACACAAAACUGGACACCGUGAGCCACUACAUGGAGCGAGAAGGACAAGAACUGAGGAAGAGACUGGGCAGAAAGGUGAAUCAGUACCAGCUGCAUUUGUACACCGAAGCUCAACGGAAGAAGUACGAGCGGAACAAAGUUCAGCAGAAGAUCCAGGAGUUCAAGCGCUUCGUUGAGAAUUACCGGCGCCACAUUGUCUGUGUGGUCCUCUUCUCCGCCAUCACUGCUGGCGUGUUCGUGGAGAGAGCCUACUACUACGCCUUCGCAUCCCCCAGCACUGGAAUCGCACAGACCACCUUUGUGGGGAUCAUCAUCUCCCGGGGAUCGGCUGCCUGCAUCUCUUUCAUAUACUCCUACAUUCUGCUUACCAUGUGCCGCAACCUCAUCACCGUCCUGCGGGAGACCUUCCUCAAUCACUACAUCCCCUUCGAUGCUGCCGUGGACUUCCACCGCUGGGUUGCUAUGGCAGCCCUGAUUUUCUCAGUGCUCCACACUGCAGGUCACGUAGUGAACAUCUACAUCUUCUCAGUCACGCCUCUCAGUGUGUUGUCCUGCCUCUUUUCCAGUGUCUUUAUGGAUGACGGGUCACAGCUCCCACAGAAGUAUUACUGGUGGUUCUUCCAGACUAUUCCAGGCAUGACAGGCGUGCUGCUGCUCGUGGUCCUGGCCGUGAUGUACGUGUUCGCCACCCACCACUUCCGACGCGUCAGCUUCCAGGGCUUCUGGAUCACCCACCACCUCUACGUGCUGCUCUAUGUCCUGGUCAUCAUCCACGGCAGCUACGCACUCAUCCAGCAGCCCCGCUUCUACAUCUACUUCAUCAUCCCAGCUCUCAUCUACGGUGCAGACAAGCUGCUCAGCCUGAGCAGGAAGAAGGUGGAGAUCAGCGUGGUGAAAGCCGAGCUCCUGCCCUCAGGUGUCACCCAUCUCCGGUUCCAGCGGCCGCUGGACUUUGACUACAAGUCUGGGCAGUGGGUGCGCAUUGCCUGCGUGACCCUGGGCACCACCGAAUACCACCCCUUCACCCUGACGUCGGCGCCACAUGAGGACACACUGAGCCUGCACAUCCGGGCUGUGGGGCCCUGGACCACCCGCCUGCGGGAGCUCUACUCCUCAGAGAGCCUGGCCCUCAUUGGCAAGCUGCCCAAGCUCUAUCUGGAUGGGCCCUUCGGGGAGGGCCACCAGGAGUGGAACAAGUUCGAGGUGUCGGUGCUGGUGGGAGGAGGCAUUGGGGUGACACCCUUCGCAUCCAUCCUCAAGGACCUGGUCUUCAAGUCAUCCAUAAGCUCCAAGCUGCUCUGUAAGAAGAUCUACUUCAUCUGGGUGACGCGCACACAGCGGCAGUUUGAGUGGCUGGCGGACAUCAUCCGCGAGGUGGAGGAGGCGGACAGGAACGACUUGGUCUCCGUGCACAUCUACAUCACGCAGCUGGCCGAGAAGUUCGAUCUGCGCACCACCAUGCUGUACAUCUGCGAGCGGCACUUCCAGAAGGUGCUGAACAAGAGCCUGUUCACAGGGCUGCGCUCCAUCACCCAUUUUGGGCGCCCUCCCUUCGUACCCUUCUUCAACUCGCUGCAGGAGGUGCACCCUGAGGUGCCGAAGAUCGGGGUGUUCAGCUGUGGCCCGCCCGGGAUGACAAAGAGCGUGGAAAAGGCUUGUCGGCAGCUGAACAAGAAGGACCAGACCUACUUUGCACAUCACUACGAGAAUUUCUGA